AUGAGUAGUAGCCAUGAGAGUCCAUUCUCAUUCUCGGAUGAGAAGACGAAAGGAGAUAAAUCUCCGGAGAAAGUUUCGCUUUUCAAAUUGUUUGCAUUUGCCGAUGCUUACGACUAUUUUCUCAUGUUUAUUGGAUCCAUUGGUGCCUGCGUGCACGGUGCUUCCGUCCCCGUCUUCUUCAUUUUCUUUGGAAAGUUGAUCAAUAUCAUCGGUUUGGCUUAUCUCUUCCCGAAAGAAGCUUCUCACAAAGUUGCUAAGUAUUCAUUAGAUUUGGUAUAUCUGAGUAUAGUCAUACUAUUUUCAUCAUGGACAGAGGUGGCUUUUUGGAUGCAUUCUGGGGAAAGACAAGCCACAAAAAUGAGAAUGGCAUAUUUGAGAUCUAUGUUAAAUCAAGAUAUUAGUCGAUUUGACACUGAAGCUUCUACUGGAGAAGUCAUUUCAGCUAUCACUACCGAUAUCAUUGUUGUUCAAGAUGCCAUUUCAGAAAAGGUGGGAAAUUUUCUGCACUACUUCAGCCGUUUUAUAUCAGGAUUUGCCGUAGGUUUCAUAAGAGUGUGGCAAAUCAGUCUUGUGACACUCUCAAUCGUACCCUUGAUUGCACUUGCUGGUGGCAUCUAUGCCUAUGUAGCCACUGGGCUAAUUGCCAGAGUCCGCAAAUCCUAUGUGAAAGCAGGAGAAAUUGCAGAAGAGGUAAUUGGUAAUGUCAGAACAGUGCAAGCAUUUGCUGGAGAAGAUAGAGCAGUGAACUCAUAUAUGACAUCUCUGUUGAACACGUACAAGUAUGGGAAGAAAGCAGGCUUGGCCAAGGGUCUUGGACUGGGAACCUUACACUGUGUUCUUUUUCUUUCAUGGUCGUUGCUCGUUUGGUUCACUAGCAUUGUUGUACAUAAGAAUAUUGCCAAUGGAGGAGAGUCUUUCACGACCAUGCUCAAUGUCGUUAUUGCUGGCCUGUCAUUGGGGCAAGCAGCGCCAGACAUUACAGCUUUUAUUCGGGCAAAGACAGCUGCAUAUCCCAUCUUUGAGAUGAUUGAAAGGAAUACAAUCAGCAAAACGAACUCCGAAAAUGCUCGGAGACUGAGUAAUGUAGAUGGUCACAUCCAAUUUAAGGAUGUAAUAUUUAGCUAUCCAUCCCGUCCUGAUGUGUUGAUUUUCAACAAACUUUCACUGAAUAUUCCUUCUGGAAAGAUUGUAGCCCUUGUUGGAGGAAGUGGAUCUGGGAAGAGCACAGUUAUAUCUUUGAUAGAACGUUUCUAUGAUCCCCUCUCUGGACAUAUACUAUUAGAUGGAACUAAUAUUAGGGAGCUGGAUUUGAAGUGGCUUAGGCAUCAAAUUGGUUUGGUAAAUCAGGAGCCUGCACUUUUUGCCACUACCAUUAGGGAGAACAUUCUCUAUGGGAAAGAUGACGCCACAAUUGAAGAGAUUAUACGUGCAGCAAAACUUUCAGAGGCAAUCAAUUUUAUUAACAAUCUUCCCGAUAGAUUCGAAACUCAGGUGGGUGAGAGAGGAAUACAACUAUCGGGUGGACAGAAGCAAAGAAUUGCAAUAUCACGUGCAAUAGUGAAAAAUCCUUCAGUACUUCUGUUGGAUGAAGCAACUAGUGCACUUGAUGCAGAGUCUGAGAAGAGUGUGCAAGAGGCUCUCGAUCGGGUGAUGGUGGGGCGAACAACUGUUGUUGUGGCUCACCGUCUAUCUACUGUUAGAAAUGCUGAUACAAUAGCUGUCGUGCAAAAUGGUGCAAUAUUAGAAAUCGGAAGCCAUGAAGAACUUAUCUCAACACCAAAUAGUGCCUAUGCUUCCCUUGUUCAACUACAAGAGACAGCUUCAUUGCGUCGCCUCCCGUCACAUGGACCUGCCAUGGGGCGACCUCUCAGCAUUAGGUACUCACGUGAAGGUAGCAUUAGGUAUUCACGUGAAUUAUCCCGCACAACUACAAGAAGCCAUGGUGCCAGCUUUCGUUCUGAGAAAUCUAUAAGCAGAUUCGGUGCUGAUGGACCAGAGAAUAUAACACCACAACAUAUUUCAUCUGGAAGAUUGUAUUCCAUGGUGCGUCCUGAUUGGUUUUAUGGGGUUUUUGGCACCAUGUGUGCAUUUAUUGCUGGGGCUCAGAUGCCUCUUUUUGCUCUCGGAGUUACUCAGGCUCUUGUGUCUUACUACAUGGACUGGGACACUACACGCCAUGAAGUAAAGAAAAUUGCUUUCCUCUUUUGUGGGGGUGCUGUUAUAACUGUCAUUGCUCAUGCUAUCACACAUCUAUGUUUUGGGAUCAUGGGAGAACGGCUUACACUUCGGGUUCGAAAAAUGAUGUUUACUGCUAUGUUGAGAAAUGAGAUUGGAUGGUUUGAUGACAUGAACAAUGGAAGUGCUAUGCUAGCAUCACGAUUAGAAAGUGAUGCAACUUUGUUACGAACUGUGGUGGUUGAUCGUUCUACAAUCCUGUUACAGAAUGUAGGCUUGGUUGUCACCUCGUUCGUUAUCUCCUUCAUCUUGAACUGGAGGCUCACUCUUGUAGUGAUAGCCACAUAUCCGCUGAUUAUUAGUGGUCAUAUCAGCGAGAAACUUUUCAUGCAAGGCUAUGGUGGUGACUUGAGCAAAGCAUAUCUCAAAGCUAACAUGUUUGCUGGUGAGGCAGUGAGUAACAUCCGAACUGUUGCCGCAUUUUGCUCGGAGGAGAAAGUACUUGAUCUUUAUGCUCGCGAGCUGGUUGAACCAUCUCGGCAUUCAUUCAGACGUGGUCAGACUGCUGGAUUAUUUUAUGGAGUCUCUCAGUUUUUCAUAUUCUCGUCCUAUGGGCUUGCUUUAUGGUAUGGUUCAGUUCUGAUGGGGAAGGAACUUGCUAGCUUCAAAAACGUCAUGAAAUCAUUUAUGGUUCUGAUUGUAACGGCCUUAGCUAUGGGUGAGACACUGGCUAUGGCACCUGAUCUCCUAAAGGGGAAUCAAAUGGUGGCAUCAGUUUUUGAAGUGUUGGAUCGGAAGACAGAGAUUUUAAGUGAUGUAGGAGAAGAGCUUACAAGGGUAGAUGGCACAAUCGAGCUCAAGGAUGUUGAAUUUAGCUAUCCUUCGAGACCUAAUGUUCUGAUUUUCAAGGAUUUCAAUCUUCGAGUGCAUGCUGGCAGAAGUAUGGCAUUAGUUGGACAAAGUGGUUCUGGGAAAAGCUCUGUAAUUUCUCUCAUACUCAGAUUUUAUGAUCCAACAAGUGGGAAAAUAAUGAUUGAUGGCAAAGACAUCAAGAAACUAAAGCUCAAAUCUUUAAGGAAAUACAUCGGAUUGGUCCAACAAGAGCCGGCUCUUUUUGCCACAUCAAUCCAUGAAAACAUUCUUUAUGGUAAAGAGGGUGCCGCAGAGGGAGAAAUUAUAGAAGCAGCAAAGCUCGCUAAUGCACACAGUUUCAUCAGUGCCCUUCCUGAGGGCUAUUCGACUAUGGUUGGUGAGCGAGGCGUUCAACUUUCCGGUGGGCAAAAGCAAAGAGUUGCGAUUGCGCGCGCUAUUUUGAAGAGCCCUUCUAUUCUUCUCUUGGAUGAAGCCACUAGUGCUCUUGAUGUGGAAUCAGAACGCUUGGUUCAACAAGCUUUAGACCGGUUGAUGAAGAAUAGAACGACAGUUAUGGUGGCACAUAGAUUAUCUACCAUUAAAAAUGCAGAUCAAAUAUCGGUUUUGCAAGACGGGAAGAUUAUAGAGAAAGGGACUCAUUCUUCUCUUGUGGAGAACAAAGAUGGCGCGUAUUAUAAACUCAUUAGCUUGCAGCAACAACAGCAACACCACCACAACUGA